AUGCACGAAUGCUAUUCUUGCGACCGGGCCUUCUGGACAGAGCGAAGCCUCCAUCAGCACAUGGACGCACUGGGUCACUGGGGCCAUGAGUGUGCCGAGUGCGGCCGUUGGUUCUAUGCCGAGCACGACCUGUACCAGCACGCCAGGGACAAGAACCACAACGCCUACGAUAACUAUGAUCACUCCGAAGACGAAGACGAAGAUGAGAGCGAGGAUGACUCGGACUAUGACUCCAACCAUAACUAUCAAUACGACAGCCACAUGACUGUGUCGUCAUAUUCAUAUCCCUGCAAUCAGUGUGGCCGCUCUUUCGGCACACCACGCGGCUGUGCCAGUCACAAACGCGACGUGCACGGCAUCGCAAACGCCCCAAUCUCGUGCCGCGUCUGCGGCGGGACGUUUGCGACAGGCAACGACCUGAGGAGCCACAUCACCUCAGCAGGCCACCGGGCUCCCUGGCCAGGACCCGCGGCCAGUCCGGCGUCCCAAGCCCGUUCACAGGCGACGACCCAGCCCAGCUUCAGGUGUGGUCCCUGCAACACGUCUUUCGCCACCCAGGAGGCUCUCACCAUACACAAUGGGGAUAGUCACAGGCCAAUGCCAGUUGCAACGAUGUCAGAAGCCGCCAGAGUCCAAGUGCCGGAACCCCAGGGACCAGCGCAACCUGUAGCCGAGCCCGCCAUCCCAGCCGCCGCGACCCGUCCACCCGACCCUGAGCCUGAGCCUGAACCUGAGCCUGCCGAGCCGCCGGAUGUAGUAUACAGCGAUCUGGCCACACAGACCACCGUCAAGCCCGCGCCAGAGCCGCAUGCCCUCGUCUGUGUCAACUGCGCGAACCAGCUCCCAAGCCGUAGUGGCGUGCUCCUGAUCCACUAUCGAGCGAAAUGCGUGGUCGAGUACACCUGCGAUCGAUGCGCCAAGGACAAUGAGGAAUCAGAAGGAUGCUCACGCGGUGCAGGAAGUCACGGCAGUGAUCCCAAGGACGAGCAUAUUGCCACAGAGACUGUGGAGGACGGCGAGGGUCUGAUUCCGCCCAAACACUACACCAUCACAGUCGAUCGGGCCGAGUCUCCGUGCAGAGAGGGUAUCACCCGCCAACCAUACACUCAAGUGGCUGCGAACGACGAUGAAGGUGACAUCAAUACGCUUUGUCGACAAAGUGAGGCACAAUAUCCACAAGUGGCGUCGCGACCAAACAGCAACUUCGAAACGGUGAGCAGUGAUGCUUCUGAGGAGCACGUUACACCAGAGCGCGAUGGGAAGAGUGAAGGCUCAAAUGCUGGCGACAUAGGGGCUGACUUGGCGCAAUACGAGCUCAACAUGGCCCAUGAGCAAGUUGAUAUGAGACCAGAGAGUCCUACCGAAGAGCAUGACACAGUCGCGAGCCGGGAAAAGAUUCCUGACGAGUCAUCUCCAACCACAGAAACACACCACGGAUUGUUGCAAGGCGAAAUUGACUGCUUGGCUGAGGCUGCGACCCAACUUACCGCCGAUCAAGGGAGUGAUGACGGCAAUGUUUCGACAUAUGUCCACCAAUCCGUCCAAACCGAGGUCCUUGACAACAUGGUAUCUCGUGCGACACAGUGUGAAGAGUUUGGUGACGGCAUGAGCACAUCCCCGUCUAACGGCGACAGAUAUGGUGAUGACGAAGAUAAAGAGCGCCGAAGUACAGCACUCCAAGGUCUUGGAACGCUCACGCUCACCCCUAUUAUUGUCGUCGAACACGCUCGACCCUCGCCAUCAGUAUACGAUGACAAGUCAACCAUCUACAGUAGUGAGGGCGACAAAGUCCCUGCAUACGCAUACAACACGGCAACAGACAGUGAGAGUGAUGAUUGCAGCAGUGUUGCUUCCACCUCGACUUCAACAGAGGACGAGGAUGUUGCAUCGCAGGCGUGCUCUGAAGAAACAGAGGCUCUCGUUGGGGCCAUGGCUCGCCUGUCGGUUUCACCACGACGCAAGUCAAUACCGCUUGAAAAUUGGCAACGGUGA